UCAGUGCACAGUGCAGAAGAACAACAACCGACUCACGAUGUAUUCGAUCGCUGUCGUCGCUCUCCUCCUCGCCGCCACAGUCGCCGGCGAUCUCGUACGCGAAUCGAUGAUCAACCCUUUCACGCCCCAGGGUCGAAUCGUCGGUGGCAAGGAGACGACGAUCGAGGAGCACCCGUGGCAGGUGUCGAUCCAGUCCCGCGGCUUCCACUUUUGCGGUGGCAGUCUCAUCUCCAAUAACAUCGUCCUGACGGCCGCUCACUGCACCCAGAGCUACCCGGCCAGCUCGACCAACGUCCGAGUCGGCAGCUCGAGGACCGCCUCCGGUGGCUCUCUGCACCAGGUCGCCGAGAUCAUUCGCCACGAGGCCUUCAGGAUCAAUCUCUUCGGCAUCCCCAAGAACGACAUAGCCCUGCUGAAGCUCAAGACCCCGGUCGACCUGACCAAGAUCGCCCGCUCGGUGCCGCUGUUCAACAAGUCCGAGGAGGCCGUCGAGGGCACGCCGGCCACCAUCUCCGGCUGGGGCACCCUGACCGAGGGCGGCAAAACCCCGGCCGUGCUCCAGACGGUCGACGUGCCGAUCAUCGACAAGGACACCUGCAGCGCCGCUUACAUCAUGUGGGGCGGAGUACCCAGAGGCCAGAUCUGCGCGGCUUACCCAGCCGGAGGAAAAGACACCUGCCAGGGAGACUCUGGUGGCCCACUUGUGAUCAAUGGCCGCCAAGCCGGUGUCGUUUCUUGGGGCAAUGGCUGCGCCAGGAAAGGCUACCCCGGAGUCUACACCGAGGUGGCGUCGUACCGCGAUUGGAUCAGCAAACACGCCAAAGUUUAAAUAUUACAUCUUAUGUUAAUUAUAUAGCUCAAUUUAAAUUGUACAAAUGUGGACGAAUAUGAGAAAUAAA